GUGGCGCCUCACACUGAAUUGAGCAGCCAUGAAGAUGACAGAGGAAAACAGUUCUGGAAAGUGGGAAAUAACAAUGGAUGAUGUAAAAAACCUUGUUAAAAAGAAAGAUGAAAUAGAAGAGCAGAUAAAAGCUUAUUACGAUGUUUUGGAAGACCAAGGUGUUGGAGUUGAAGAUCCAUUGGUUGACGAAGAGGGCUACCCCCGAGCAGAUAUUAAUUUAUACCAGAUCAGGACAGCAAGACACAAUAUUUCAUGCCUGCAGAACGAUCAUAAGGAAAUCAUGGUGGAGAUCGAAGAAGCCCUCCACAAGCUGCAUGCUCGGGAGAAAGCCAAGCGGGAACGGGAUGAGGCAGAAGGCCAGGAAGAGCCGAUGGAUCAGCAGGUCACUCUUCCUCCUCCCUUUGCACGGGUGGAUGCUGUGACACAAGGAUCACCCGCCUGUGUAGCUGGGCUCAGAGUCGGUGAUGAAAUCAUUGAGUUUGGUUCUGUCAACACGGAAAACUUUCAGAACCUCCAGAAUAUUGCUUCUGUGGUACAACACAGUGAAGGGAAACCAUUACGUGUCACAGUCAUCCGGGAUGGCCAGAAAACUCACAUGAGCCUGACGCCAAAGAGAUGGUCAGGCAGAGGUCUGCUGGGAUGCAACAUCAUUCCAAUCCAUUGAUGAUCACUCUGACAUUGUGCAGAAUUUCAAUGGUGAAACCCCUUCUUCCACUUGUUACCCAUGGAUUAUUUCAAAUUGACUUUGUACAUAUACUGCAGACAUUUCCAUCGGUUUGUUGUUUCAACAUCUUAAUUUGAACAGGAAGUAUUCCUUCAUACAAAGGCAGUCUUCAUAAUGAGAUAAAAUGUCAAAUUACUUCUAUUAGAGAUCUUAUGCUGAGUUUACAGAGUGAAAGCUCAAUAAAAAUUACCUUAUACUAAUGCUGAUUAUAAUCUUACCGUUGGCAAUUAAGUUCUUCAUGGAUGCACUCAACAAAUGUCACUGCCAUUAACCCAUUUCAUUAAUCUAUAUCCUGUGUGCAAACGGUAGUUUGUGGUGUAAGAGUACCACUAGAGAUUAACAGGGUUAAUCAAGGAUAUCCAUGAAGUAUAAGAAAAUCUGUAGUAGCUGAAAUAUCUUGCAGAAGUGAUGAACAGACACUGAAUAACUUUUCUAUCGUCAAUAAAGGCUUAUUUGCAACUUGUAGAAACAA